CGGUCGCGGCGCAGAUUUAAAAGUGAAAUGAAGCUGGUCGGGUUUAGAGCCGAGUCUGUAGAGAGCUAAUGCGAAAUCGUAUGCAGAGCCAAGCUGUCUGCCUGGAAGCCGAGCUCUGGUAUAUAUAUAGCUGUAUAUAUAUCAGAAACAAAAAAAAAACAUGUGGACGGUCUCUCGGAUGCCUCCUGGACCUCGCCAUCCGCUUUCCGCACGGCUGUGACGGGGACUCGAGGGCCUGAAAGGACGCCGCUGCGCUCCCAUAGAUAGAUCGAGACGCAGAGCAGAAUCGAAGGGACCAUGCUCAGCAUCAUAGCGGCCGGCUCCAUAUUCUUCCCAGGCCUUUUCCUGCUGUCGAAGCGAUGCCUGAAACGCACGCCCGGUCUGAAGUGGAGCGAGGGCGAUGCCGUCAUCGUUUCUGCCAGACUUGUGUCAUCCGUUCAAGCCAUCAUGGCCUCCUCCGCUGGCUACAUUAUCGCAUCAUCUUGUAAAGACAUCAUUGAGGAUCAGCAUUGGCUCACCAGCACCUACAUCCUGUUUGCCGUCCCGUACUUCGUGUAUGACAUCUACGCCAUGUUCAUGUGCUACUGGUACAAGGUGCAAGUCAAAGAUCAUGAGGAAGAGGGAGCAGCCAAGCCCAUGUCCACUGUCAUAAGAAGCUACCUGCGGCGAGAAUUCCUCAUGGUGCUGCAUCACGUUGUUAUGGUUACCGUCUGCUUUCCCGUUUCUGUGUUCUGGAGGCAGGGAAGGGGGGAUUAUUUCCAAGGUGUUAUGUUCCUGGCUGAACUCAGCACUCCGUCCGUUUGUCUGGGAAAAAUACUAAUUCAGUACAAGCAGCAGCACACUCUGCUUCAUAAAGUCAAUGGAGCUCUCAUGCUGGUCACUUUCUUCGUCUGUCGAGUCCUUCUCUUCCCCUACCUCUACUACGCCUAUGGCAGGUAUGCGUCCAUCCCCCUCUACAUGGUACCCCUGUCCGUCCCAUGGCAUUGUAACUUGGGGGCUGCCCUGCUCAUGGCGCCACAAGUCUACUGGUUCUCUCUGAUCUGCAGGGGAGCUUUCCGCCUCUUCAGCGGUGCAUCCCGCCACCAGCGCCCCCCUCGCAGCACAGACUCUGACCCCAAAUCCCCGCUCCAACCCCCUGCCAAUGGCUACAGCCCCCGUGAGACAGAGAGGGAGCCCAUCUCGCACUGAAACACACUGAGAGAGAGGCUGGAAAGUGGAAGGGAAAAAUAGGGGUUAGUCUGAAAAGGACUGUUUUAAGGCCUUAGCCUAAAACAUGAGGCUGAAUGCUAACAUAUAUUACAAGUAGUGGAUGUACCACUGCUCCAUUGGGUCGAGGAAGGGGUUAAGAGAUGAGGGCAAAUGAAGGGGAAGAAAGAUAUAUAUAGAGGAUUUAGAGGAUGAGAUUGAGAGUGAAAAGACUGAAGGCAUGAUUGUCUCCAUCCUUUCUUUUUUCCUCUGAGGGGAAAAUUUCAGGAGCAUGUUCCUAAAGCCUGUGUCAUACUCUCGUCAAAGCAAAACCCGCGGACGCGGAGCGAAGUUCAGACCAAACACAGAUUGUAUUCUUCAUACUGAAUAUACUGAAAUAUUCCAUGAUUGAAUUUUCAUUCAGCUGGGGAGAGGGAGGAUGUAGUAUAUUGUACAGGAGUGCUAGCCCUUCAUUUGUACAUGACCAUUACAAUAUUAACCGCAAGAAAAAAUAAGGGUUAUUCCAGUAUUCUAGCCCGCUGCCCUCCGUCAUCAUAAGAACAUGGACUGAGAAAGAGGGAUCUAGUCUCUGUCUCUGUGUCCCCUCACUCACUUCAUUAUGUCACCGACUGACAGGACUGGAAAAGGGAACAGCUUUUCUGUCAGUGUACAUAGCAAAAUGUCAUUAGUGUCAAUUUUGGAAUAGGGUUUUUUAUUAUUAUUAUUAUUAUUUGUGUAGAAUUUAUUAUUUAUAGUUUUUACUCUUUAGUAUGAGUAGAUUUGACAUAUUUUACAUAUAAGCUACCUUCUGCCACAAGAGGAAAAGGUCGUUGAGAAGAAGCCAACUAGACAUUAGGUUUUAGUUUUAGUUUUUUUAGUUUUUAGCAAAUACACACAAGCUUAAUUAUGCACCCAGGAGGGACGUGUGUGCCAGUACAUAAACAUAUGAACUAUACCUUGAUUAUAAAGGUUUGCCAAUAGUAAAAUCAGACAGACCUGCCAAUAGCAAGAUGCCAUUUUUGCAUUGCUUACUGGUAUGUGUUUACCUCAGCACUGGCAUCUUAGACUCAACAACUACUUUUACCCUUUUAACCUUUUAAUGAUGCACAGGUGAAGUGUGAUUUACACUGUGGAUUCUUAUUUUUUUUUUGUUGCAGUGAUUAUAUAUUAUGAUAGCCUGCAGAUUGAAUAUGAAACAUUUAAGGGCUGAAGCCCUUAUUGUAAAAUCCAUACUUAUGUUUUCACACACUGAUGAUGCCAAUUUGACCAUAACAGUAUUAUAUGGGGAAAAUGCAGGAUAUUUUAGCAUUUAGUUACAUCUCUGUUCAUAUACAGUACAUUUAGUCAUUAGAUAGACACUUCUAUCCAAAACAACAUGCAAGUGAGGCUCCUGCAGAAGCUGCACUGGCUCUUCUCUGAGGUGGUUCUGUACUGGUCUCUGCAUCGCUGAGCUGGUAUCAGACAAUGCAAUGCACUGAAAGGACUGAGAGGGCAUUCACUGGAUCAAAGACACUUGUUCCUUUACCACACUGCUGUAGGAUUUUUAAAUGAGGUAAUGUUUUACUUAGUUUUACUUCUGUUAUUUAUUUGAAUUGUUUUCUUUUAUUAUUUAUUCCAUUCACUGAGUAAAUGUGCUCCAAGGCAUCUAUGUAGCUACAACAGCCACUUGUUCAAUGUGUUCACUUACAGUACUAGGAGGUUGUUGUAAAUUGGAGCAGCAUCAGCAGCACUGAUUCUAAGGGAAACCAAAACGGGGCCAGUAUCCUGGAGCACGCUCAGUAGGGCAAAGCCACAGGCCGAGAUCUGUUUAAUAAAACAGGUGCGUUAAAGCUCUUAGAGCUUCAGGUCUAUAUAAUCUUCACUGCUCAUCCAAAUUUAAAAGGGCACAUUUUAGGGAUCCUGGGUGGCACUGAAGUAAUCUAAGCAUCAGGCCUGUCAUAGCUUUAGCCCAAUCACCGGGUGAUUGCAGCUUUGUAUGCCAGGGUCAUCACCAGGGAUCAAACAAUUGGUAAAAUCCUCUGCAGGAGUCCAAGAGAGCAUAAUUGGCCUCACUCUCAUUGGGUGGGCCCUUCCUCUCAUCCUAUGACUCAGCUUGAUGCAAACAAGAGUGGGCCUCUGUUAUCAGACGCUGUCAGUUUGUGUCAUCCCCCAAGCAGUUUACAGUUCCGAAAAAAGUAUGUGGCAGGCUUCGCCCUCCCAGUAUUGAUGACAUCACGUGUUUAGGGAGCCCUAACUAUUAGAUUAAAACUGAAAUGCCCAAGUUGGUAAAACAUCAUGUGCAGUUUUUAUUAUUCCUAUCUAAAAAAAAAAUAUUUCUCAGAACUCAAAUCAUGUACUUACAAUAAUUUAUUACAGAUUGGUUUGGCUAAAGAUAGUAAAAGUUCUUAAAAAUAAAUAUAAAUUGUUUUUAGUGCUGUGCCAGCGUUCUAACAAAAUCAAUGUCCCCAAACCCUCUCUAAACUCCUACAAAUAAGAACCCACAAUCAUUUAAAUAAGAAAUAUUUUAAACAUAAGGUGCUAAUAAGGUUCUUAGAUGAUUGAGCCAUGGUAUAAAAGUUUUUGUACAUAUAUUCGUAUGCAGAACCUUAAAAAAGUUUCUAUUUAAAGUAUUUCACCUUCAAAUAUUCUUUACAAAAAUAUGUUAUUUUUAUGACACUGCCCAAUAACCUUUGUGUUCUCUACAAAAUAUUUAAAAUAAGAAAUCAUUAAGAGAGGCAGCUGCGUAUUUGUGAAAACAUUAACACGGUAUGUUCUGAAAUGGUUACACCCUUAAUUAUUCCCAGAGUGUGGCUUUCAACAGCUGUUCUUUAGUUCAGCAGUUUUUAGAGAAUAAUCUUGAGUAAGUAAUGCCUGGUUAAAUGUGCUUAUUUAAUAAAAUAUAUGUCCAUAUUUAAAAUAUUUUGGCUAGCAGUGUGGAUAUACUGAGUUUUGCCCUACUGACCGUGUCACGAUUUGUAGCAAAAGUGUUGAAAUUGGGCCAAUGAUGAGGAGUGACCCUGAAGAGAGGAAACACAAGUAGUGUUAAACAAAUGGGAAAUGGUGACCUCUGUAUCUUCUGAUGUUUUUUGUAGUUCUGCUUAUUUAUUUAUUUGAGUAAUUUAUAUAUUUAUUAUUUAUUUGGAGAAGACUGAAUGUACAUAAUGCAUCCAUCUGUAAAUGUUCUGCUGAAUGGGCAUCUGUGGCCGUGGCUGCCUGGCUGAAGGCUCUACUGUAAUUCUACUGUUCUCUCAGCUAAAAUAUACUCUGCUGUCUCCUCCUGUACUCAGACACCA